UGAAUAUCGAAGAGACCGGGCUCCAUCGCAACUACUUGCACCGAGCGAUAUGCUUCAACGGUGCUGGUUUCCCGGCCAGCAGACUCACAUGCCUCAUCAAUCAUGUAUAUCAUACAAAGAUACGGCACACUCGACAACGCUUUCUUCGCAGGAUGACAACCACUCCGUCGAUCGCGCUACUCCCAGAAGACGUCCAGUUGGGACUCUCGUCGGCUCACGAUAUUAGCUCUUAUGAAGAUGUCAUCGAAGGCUUGGUCAGGAACGCACUGGAUGCCGACCCAACCUUCCUCGCCAUCGAGGUGGACUUCGCCAAGGGAUAUAUCUCAAGCCGCGAUGAUGGGGCCGGGAUAAAGAGCCAUGAAUUCUCGGAAGCUGGUCAUCUGGCGAAACCCUACUGCACUUCGAAGUUCGAUACGCCGCGAGUCUCCUACGGAUCUCAUGGCCGCUUUCUGUCCAACCUAUCAUCCUUGUCCCUCUUGUCUAUAUCAUCUCGGCACCUCGACGAUGGAUUUAUCAGCCGAUUGGUUUUAUAUCGUGGGCAGGUGAUCUGCCGGCAACUACGACUGAGCAUAGAAGAUGGCGGGCUCGAAGAAAGUGGUACACAUGUCGAGGUUCGGAACCUUUUUGGAGAUGUGCCGGUACGCCUGAAGCAGAUGUCUGUCCGAUACUCGAAUGAGGCAGGGGUGGACAAGACGUUUGAUCGGCUUAAGCUGAUGCUUGUGGGCUACCUGCUCGCCAGACCCAGGGCACAGAAACUGCGAGUAGCCCUGAAGUGCGGCAAGCGACGAUAUCUUCAUCAGGAUCUUGGCCGAGGGAAUUGCCCUACAAGCUCUGUGAAUCUUGUGGCCGCUACGCUGCAUCGCGCCAAUUUUCUCGCAAGCGCCAGCACAGAAUCCUGGAGAACUUUGUCUCUUGUCACCAGCAAGUUUGCAAUUCGCGCCGCCAUAGCGAUCGAGCCUGUGCCCUUCAAGACCUGCCAGUUCAUCUCCUUGGGACAAUUUCCACUAGUCCGUGAAGACAAAAACAAUUGGAUGUCGGAUGUGGUGAAUGAAAUCAUCUCAAAUUCAAGUUUUGGUGCUGUGGAGGACACCCUGACUUUCCAGGGAAUGGCGAGCGGGCCUCGAAAGAUACCCAAUCAACAACCAGCAUUUGGGAAAUAUGGGAAAGGUGUCGAUCGUUGGCCGAUGUUCUACAUUCGUAUCGAAACAAGGGCCGACACAGGAGUUACACUGAUGCAUUCAAGCGAAUUGUUGGAGCUUGACCACCAGAUCGACCAUCUUGUGAAUGCGUUGGAAACGUUGACCUACCAAUUUUUAGAGGACAAUGGGUUCAAAUACAGGACGAGAGGCAAGCGCAAAGCCAGCCUCCUAAGUUCAGAGGCGUCGCCAAAGAACCUGUCGGUUGCAAGUCCUGUUCAAGGAUUCAAUUCUGCUUGUUCACGAAGGGGCUCUGAUCGCAGCACCCUCAGGCAUUGGCAUCGUGUCAAAAGCGGGCGAGGUCUUGGUGCCGAAGACAUGAGUUAUGGCUUAAGUUGUUCGAAACCAGUCAAUGAAGACCAGGCAGUUGCCGAAUUACCCGCAUCAGUACACAAUAACAAUGACAAUAUUGAUUCACGACGUGUGACUAGCAAUCAGCACGGCAUCAGCAACAUCCGUGGAGAGACUCGGUUCGAGCAAUACGUCGAUCAGGUUGGGCAACAAGACGACGAAGCCCGCCCUAUUAUCUGGGUAAAUCCUCGUAAUGGUCAGCCAACUCGCAUUCACCCACGAACUGGGGCUCAUCUUCUCAAUAGAGAUGGUGACGUCGAUCGAAGCCUGCCGCCGCAUCUCGCUUCUGGCUCGCUAGGUCGUAGACUCGAAUUGAGGCGAGCAAAAACGGCAACCUUGGAAGCUCAGCCGAAAGGUCAUCUUGGGUUGACAACCCGCUUGCAGAAGUACAAAGGGCUUCUUGACCGUAGGCACACCGAGAAGCCGAUCAUGUCCCUUACGACCCAUGAGAUACCGCCUUCAGAUGGAGGUGGAAGAACCGCGGGAACCUCCAAUAUUUGCAGCGGGAAGGGCCUCACACUGACUAAGGAAGCACUCGCUGCCGCCAGGGUCGUUGGUCAAGUUGAUCAUAAAUUCGUGCUUGCUAUGCUACCAGGAUGCCUGAUGCCGUCGGAUGGAGAACGCGGAAAUAUUCUUGUCCUUGUUGAUCAACAUGCCGCCGAUGAGCGAGUCAAAUAUGAGCGGCUGUGCCAGGACAUCUGUGGUAGCGCUUCAACUAGCCUUGUUACGCCAUUGGUGUUUGACAUCGAUGAGAACGAGGCGACACUUUUUGAGCAGCAGCAGGGGUAUUUCCAGAGGUGGUGCGUCACAUAUACCAUCCGUGAAGGAUGCUCGACCCGGGGCGGUCGUCAAGUUUAUUGCGUGGAAGUCAGCGCGCUACCUACACUCAUUGCUGAGCGCUGCCGCGCGGAGCCCAAGCUUCUAAUUGAUCUACUGCGUAGUGGCAUCUGGUCACGCCGCUGUCGUCCGUCCGGAGAAGGUUCUGGAGACAUUCCGACAAAUCAAAGGUCAGAUGAUGGAAGUGCUUGGUUUUCAGAUUUUGCUCAUUGUCCAACACUUAUGGUAGAGAUGCUCAAGUCUCGAUCUUGCCGCACGGCUGUCAUGUUCAAUGACGAAUUGUCGCUGGGGGAGUGUACUGAGCUGAUACAGAGGCUUUCACGGUGUACUCUUCCUUUUCAGUGCGCUCAUGGGCGACCAACUUUGUCAGUGACAGUAGAGGUUUAUGACGAUCAGGACUUCGGAUCCGGGGGGCGUGCCUUUACAGAAGACAUGGGCAGCAGCGAGCAACUUGGAUUUGGUGCGGCGUGGGAUAAUUGGAUUGGGUCCGGAUGAAAGAUACAUGGUGCUCUGGAUACUCUAUCCCUGUACUCGUAUCGAGUGCUGUACUCCGUAGAGCUUACAUUGAAGUUUACCUGUUGGUGAAGAAUGUACUAGUAAAGUGUUGGGCG